AUGGAAACCCAAACUCAACCACACACCACAGCACAGCCCACUUUCGUCGGCCACAGCUUGGCGCGGGCGGUGGCGCGGGCGGUUAAGCGGCGAGCUGUAAAAGCACCAGGGCAAUAUGAUGAUGAAGUGAGCAUUUUGGCGUUGAUUUUAAAAGAAAAUUACGAAGAAGAUCAAAAAUGCAAAGAAGAAUUGAGCAAAUAUUGUGAAAACUUAAAGAAAAUAGGUUUAAAAGACGAACAAAUACAUAAUAAAUUAAAAGAUUUAUGUAAUACUGGAAAACAAGAUGCAAAAUGCCAAGAAAUAAAAAAUAAAGUUACUCAAAAGUGCAAUGAAUUUAAAACAGAAUUGGAAAAAUUGGCGAAUAAGGAUGCCUCAGAUUUGACAAAUGAUGAAUGUACGAAAAAUGAACAACAGUGCUUAUUUUUAGAAGGAGCAUGCUCAAAAAAUCUUAAAGAUAAUUGCAAUAAAUUAAGGAAUAACUGUUAUCAAAAGAAGCGUGACAAAGUGGCUAAAGAAGCUCUUUUAAGGGCACUUAGUGGAAGUCUAACCAAUGAUAGUACAUGCGAAAAGAAACUUAAAGAACUUUGUCCAAAGUUAGGUCAAGAAAGUGAUGAAUUAGCGCAAAAGUGUUUUGAUACGGGCUCAGCAUGCACCUCUCUGACAAAAGCAGCAAAAGAAAAGUGUAAAUCUUUGAAGAAGAAAAUAGAGGAAGUAUUAAAACUUAAUGGGGAGUUACAAAAAAAAGGGCAUUCUUUACUUAAAGAAUGUCAUUUUCACAGUAAGAACUGCGAAACAGACAAACCGAAUUGUAAUGACUUAAAGAAAAAAUGUAAAAAUGCAGGAAUAAUUUAUAUACCACCAGGCUCAAAAUUUGAUCCUACAAGACCAGAGGCUACGCUAGCAGAAAAAAUAGGUUUGGAAGAACUUUACAAAGAAGCAGCGACACAGGGAGUUCUGAUUGGAAGAACACUAAAAGAAGAUAUUGUUGAUUUAUUAGUGUUUCUGUCAGAAGACAAUUUUGAUAAAGAUAAAUGCAAAACUGUACUCAGUACUAAAUGUAAUUCUAUUAAACAUUUAGCAGAAAAUUUAGAAAAUUUAUGUAAAAAUGCAAACAGUUAUGAAAAUCAAUGUAAAGAAUUUGAAGAAGAAUUUAAAAGAAAAAAGGCUUUUCUAACUGCAAAGUUUAAAAACAAAGAAUUUAAAGAUGACAUCACAUUAUGGGGUGAAUUACCAAGUCUCCUUACCGAAAAUGACUGCACGAGAUUACAAUCAGACUGUUUUUAUUUCAAAAGCCAAACAUCUUUUGAUAAACAUUGUAGGAAUGUUAAGGCAGCAUGUUAUAAAAAAGGACGUAACGCACUUGCAUACCAAGUACUGCAAGACAAAAUGCGAGGAAAAUUCCAGUAUACAAAUGAUACAUGGUUUGAAAUGCUUCAAAAAGAGUUAGUAAAGGUGUGUGUGGAUCUGAAAGGAACGAGUAAUGAAUUGUUUGUGUUAUGUGUGAAACCGAAAGAAGGAGUCAAUGCAGUAUUAAUGGAUUUACAUAUGAAAACAGAUUUAUUGCAAGAAGAUUUAAAUGAAAAACGAGAUUUUCCUAUGAAGCAGGAUUGCAGAGAAUUGCGAAAGAAGUGCGAUGAUCUGAAACAAGACUUUAAGGAAUUUGAAUGGCCCUGUUAUACGCUAGAGCAUCAUUGCAAUAGGAUGGAUAUUGCUGAACAAUUGGAAGAAAGGUUGUUGGAAGAAAAGGUGAAGGAUUUGGAUAAGUUCGAUUCAUGUUUAAAAAAUCUGGGAGAACAAUGUCAUAAAUGGAGUAGAAGAGGAAGAGCACAAUUUGCUCUCGCAUGCGUAGCACAGAAUAUUACAUGCAAGAUUCUUACAGGAAGCGUAGGGUCUAAGUGUACUACAUUGAAAGGACGUAUGAAAGCAAGUGAUGUUAUAAAGACUGCAAAGGAUAAUGACAAAAAUGAAGCGACUUGCAACUCUUGGGCACCCUAUUGUAAAAAAUUUGUGUCAAGUUGCCAGAAUCUAACGACUUCUGGUGAUGGGGAAUGUGAAAAGCUUAACAAGGAAUGUGAAUCAUUCAUUAAAAGAAAGGAAUUGGAAGAAAAAGUAAUCGAUGAAUUAAAGGGUGCUUUGAAAACGGAACAAGAGUGUCAAAAUACACUUGAAAAAUACUGCACACAAUGGACAAAUGCAACUAAUCAUCUUAGCACUUUGUGCACAGACAAAACUAAUAAAAAUGGAAAUGCUAAGAAAAAACUCUGCAAAAAACUAGUAGAACGAGUAAAAAAUCAAUGUCCUGUAUUGCAAGUAAAACUCACGAAGGCAAGUGAGGAGCUACCUAAAAAAAAAGAAGACUACGAGAAGCUUAAAACUGAAGCGGUGAAAGCAAUGAAUGAUGCAAAUUUCGUUUUAUCAAAAGCAAAAGCAACAGAUGAUAAAUCUGCAGGCAAAGCAGCACCAGCAGCACCAGCAGCACCAUCAGGAUCAGCGCCAUCAGGAUCAGCACCAGCAGCACCGAAUACAACACAAAACACAGUAUUAUUUAAACUUGUAAGAAGAAGUAUAAACACACCUGUGACAGAAAAAACAUAUGUUACAGAAAGAGAGUUAAAAGCAUUUGAUUUAGUAUCUCAAGCAUUUAGCUUGUAUGUAGAAUUAAAAGAAUUGUGUCAUGAUUCAGAGAAAGGAUGUGGAUUUAAGAAGGAAUGUGAAGACAUUAAGGACGCAUGCACUAAAAUUGAAAAAGCAUGUGGUGGAUUGAAACCACUAGAAAUAAAACCACACGAAAUAGAAACAACGACAACAACAACGACAACAACAACAACAACAACAAAGACAGAAGGAGAAGGAAAGACGGCAGAGUGCCAGUCUCUGCAGACAACAGACACAUGGGUCACAAAAACAUCAACACAUACCAGCACAUCUACGACCACGUCCACGGUCACAUCGAGAAUAACACUCACCUCGACGAGGCGGUGUAAGCCUACGAAGUGUACGACAGGAGAGGAAGAUGAAGCGGGUGAGGUGAAGCCGAGUGAAGGGUUGAGGAUGAGUGGGUGGAGUGUGAUGAGGGGGGUGUUGGUGGCAAUGAUGAUUUCAUUCAUGAUUUAA